GCCGGCAAACGCGCACGCACGGCAAGCCUCGACACGUCGGCCCGGUUCUACUGCUCCUUUGUUCGCUGCGAAGGCCCCUUGAGAUUGCUGCCAUCGCUGCCGUCGCAACGCGCAAGAUAGAGCUGCCAAGCCUUGUCGGCGGACGCGCAAGCUAACAGAUUGAGCUGCCAAGUCUGUCGGCGGACGCGCAAGCUAACUAAAAUGGCCGAAUGGAACCAAACAAGGGACCCCGAAACAAGAGAAAUCAUAACCUGCCGCGGCACGAUACGUCUAGCCGCCGCGACGGCCGCCAGCACGCCCUUUCGCGACUGGGCCCCGCCGCCGCCGCCCGAGACCAAUAACCCGCAGCGGCCGAAGAUCCUCGUGGUAGGGUUGGGCCCGGCGGGCUGCGCUUGUGCUGCACAAUUGCGGAAAGCAUUCGGAGCGCGUGUUGAGCUACGAUGCGCCGAGGCCGGUAGAAGUAUAGGAGAAAAGAGUUUUAUCAGAAGAUUGGGCGGUCCUAACGAUGAGGUCGGGGACGCCGAUAUUGGUGCUCAGUGUCUGUCGGUGGACGGUGCGGACCCGGCUUCCGCAAAUGUCUUGAUGGACAUUUUACAGCACGUCCCUGGCGUAGAACACGUCGACGACGGCUUGAGGUCCUACGGUAAACUCGCAAGGACCUCAGAACGGCCGGGCGGCUGGAACGCGGCGACGGGCCAGUGGGAGCACUUUCGUAUUGCGGGAGGUAACGUAAAUUUACUGCGGCAUUUGUUGGACGAGGCGCGACCAGAUAGGUUUUCAUUUGGAAGGCCAGUACUGCUCGCCGCGGCGUCAGAGGAGAGUGUUUAUGAUAUUGACGAUCUGUCGUGCAAGUACGAUGCGGUCAUUGUGGCAUGUGGUGCUGAGGCCUCUAGACGGUGCGCGAUCAACCUCGACCGGGAGGGGCGCGUCGCGGCGGCGGCCAAGGCCGUCGGGUUUCGGGAGGUCAGCGUGCGGGCCUACGCCUCUGAUAAUGCUUCAAAUGAGUCGGACGCGGAUGGCGUCACGGUAUCUACUGGUAACGUCGCCGUCGCGCGGUGCGGGGUCUUCGUGGACGGUGACGUCGUCGCCCGGCGCGGGGGUGGCGGUGCAAAGCUCUACGAGGCUGUUUUAACGCCGACGGCGCCGCCCGCCGCGGGCGCGAAAAUUGGAGAGGCGCCUUUUGUUAUUUGCUCGGAGCGGCCGCUGGUGGUCGUGUGCGGCGACUGGUGCGCGGGCGGCGGGACGGUCGAUCGGGCGCUGGCGUCGGGGGCGGCCGCCGCGAAUUGGGUGGCGGGGCGGCUCGAAAUUCCCCCGGAGCCGCCCGCGUCUCCACCUUCUCCGGAGACGGUAAGUUGAUAGUUAUGUUA